UCAGAACCAAAGCGCUAUAGACAAACCAAGUGUUCCGUUUCAACCAUGAUGCUAAAGUUUACCUGGUUAACCCUAAUAGUCCUUUCCUUCCCGAAUAAGCUAGCCAUCAGUGUAGAUUACAGGAGUUGGUAUACUCCAGCACAAAACACGUACAAGCGUGGUAAAUCAGUAUAUGAAGAUAUCAUCAAGUCAGCCAAUGAUAGAGAGGAGGAGUGCGUCAUACUACACUCAUCAGACAGACAAUUAGCAACAAUGCAGUACGGAACAGGUUCCGGGGGACAAUUUCCAUGCAUCAACCAGUUACAACGGGGCAGUAACAGAAGUUUAUUCGAUAUUAAUGCAAAUGUCGAUGAGAUGGCGGGUCCAACCCGGAAGGAUAGGGUCAUUGCAGAAGGAGGUUGCUGGCAAUUUGUGCUAAACCAAAUAAAUGCAUUGGAUAUUGACAAAUGUGACAUAAAAGGUGAAGUCUCAAGGUCAUUAAUCGCCCUCGCAAAAACCAAGUGCCAUUUUAUUAGAUCACGUAGGGCAUUCCCCCUAGCAGAACAUGGAUGCAUACUGAAUCCUGAAUCUGUUGACGAUAAAUCGCUAGGAAUAUUUAAUGAAGAAUACGAAACUAAUCCAUGUAGAGAUGAUUAUAGCAGUGCUGAAUGUAGGAAAUUAAAGGAAGAUAUUGUUGCCCAAUGUACAAAUCUACGUAUCAUGUCAGAAUCAGCCUUCCAAAUGUAUCACGCAGAUCUCAACCACAUUGAUGAUAUAUGCUUUUACCUCCAAUCUAAUGAUUGGAACCGAAGGACAGAAUCAAACAUAAAUAAACUUGGGGAAUCGGCAUCAACCAUUUUAUAUAAACAUCAUGAUAUUGAGAACAUGCUAGAAACAAUGCGUAUAGAGCAUGAAAGGAAUUUAGACAAAGCAAACGAGAUAUCAAAAUGGAUGGAAUCUCUAGAAAAGGAUAUCAAAAGUGUAUUCCGUAUAUUGAACAUUAUAAGAUCAUACCAGCGGAUUAUAAUUGAAUUCAUACAUAACUUCAAGAUGGUUCUCCUCUAUAUACUAUAUAUUCUAGUAGCUGUUGUAUUCACCGUUUUUGACGCUACUGCCUGGGCCCGCCCAAGGAUUAUUCUAGCUAUUGCAACCGCGUGCUCAGUGGAUACACUAUUAUACAAAUGGAUUACAAGUUCCAAACUGACUGAACAACUACCAUACAGCAAGGAUGAGAUCUGCACUACAACAUCUAAGUCCAUCAGAUAUACAACACUUCUAUACUCAACUAUAACAUGGGUGAAAGCAGUUCUAAACUACCAAGCACCCGGUGAGGCCAUGCUAAGGGAAAUGCAUCAAAUCAGGAAAAUAUUAACUCCGAGGGUAAUAUACACCCAUAUUGUAACAGAUUCAGAUGAUGAAGGUACUGACGGAACAUCUGCAAAGGGAUAUACACUAGAUGAUUUUGUGGAAUUAUUCGGCGAUGAAAGUGACAGCGACUAUACCUACGUAUCGGGAUAUACAUCAGAAGACAGUGUUGAUGACUCCCUAGGGGAAGAUUCAGACGGCCUUGUCAAUGAAUACCUAGAAUCCAGAAGAAGGCGACGGCAUUGAAAGCAGCAUAUAACAAAGACAAAAAGCUAC